AUCAGGACAAAUCACAGAUUUAUAAUUCACAGUUAUCCAAAGGUUCAAGCAUGUUCGGGAAGUGUUUGCGCUUCUCCUUCAAGACGGGUGGAUGAAGAAAGGACGAUUAAUCACAACAACGCAAGAACAACAAAACAUAUCCAAUUCACAAUCCUCCAGAAGUUCGCGCAUGUUCAGGAUGUGUUUGCGGCCUUUGUUAAGACGAGCAGAUGGAGCAGUGGGCAUCCAUUCCUUUAACGAGCAGGUGACGACGACGACGACACCACUGAUGACAACGACGAACAAAAUUCCCAUCAGCUCACUAUCCAAAAUCACCAUUCUGCUUCAUCAGCAGAUGCUACAGCCAACAUGUGCAUCGAAGACGCAACGGGAAUCCAACACCUUCCAUUUCGACGUUGCAAUGAUCCUCCACAAGCCGCCCCUUAUCACACCUAAAAUCUCCUCGAGUAACCUUACUCGAGCCUUGGUGGUGAUUGUAAUGAAAGGGUCAGAUUGGCAUACUACAACAUACACCUACAAAUCCGCGUACAAGUCGCCCCUUAUCUCACAAUAUCCCCUCGCGUAAAUUACUGAGAGGAUUAGAUCAGGAAACCCUUCUACAAGCCGCUCCUUAUCAUACACAACAUCCCCUCGCGUAAGGUUGCUAGUAAGGAAAGGAUCAGAUUAGCAUGCCCAAAACAUAUGCCUCUACAAGUCACCCCUUAUCAGACACAUCUCCUCGCGUAAGUCACUAGUAACGAGAGGAUUAGGUUGGCAUACUACAACAUACGAUCCUACAAAUCGCCCCAAGUCAUCACUCGCAGCAUCCCCUCGCGUAAGGAUACUGGUACCGAAAGGAUCAGACUUGG